GCUUAGCAGCGCACAAAUGACACGUCGGGCGAGUGUAUGGUGAUUUCGCACAACGGUCUCUCCUUCAUUAAACCUUAACGGCGGACGCAUAUGGUCACUUCGGACCAAGACAUCCAUUUUAAACAGCUGUUAAAAGGACCUGAAACAAGUUUACAUAGAAAAUGGACAGCAGUCACGGGUUCCCCAGUGACCUCAUGGCCGGCCGGGAACUCUUAGCUGAAGAUCGCUCCGUGAUGGCGCGCAUGCAGAAGAAAUUCUGGAAGACCAAGCAGGUCCUCAUCAAAGCCACUGGCAAGAAGGAGGACGAGCACGUGGUGGCGUCCGACGCCGACCUAGACUCUAAGCUGGAGUUCUUCCGUUCGGUGCAGACAACAUGCACAGAGCUGCUGAAGGUGAUUGAAAAAUACCAGCAACGAAUCACAACCCUUUCCCAGGAGGAGAAUCAUCUGGGACUUUUCCUGCGCUUCCAGGCUGAACAUGACAAGACCAAGGCAGGCAGCAUGAUGGACGCCACCAGCAAGGCCUUGUGUGCCUCGGCCAAAAUGAGGUUGGCGCUCUACCCGCCCCUGCGCCGGAUGGAGCAGGAAGUGGAGACUUUCCGGAGGCGCGCCAUCACAGAUAGCCUAGAGACAGUGGGCCGCAUGGAGAAGGCACGCACGGAGUACCGGGGCGCCCUGCUGUGGAUGAAGGAUGUGUCCCAGGAGCUGGACCCCGACACGUAUAAGCAGCUGGAGAAGUUUCGCAAAGUGCAAGCACAGGUGAGGAGCACCAAGGUCCAAUUUGACAAGCUCAAGAACGACGUGUGCCAGAAGGUGGACAUGCUAGGAGCCAGUCGCUGCAAUAUGCUGUCCCACUCGCUGGCCACUUACCAGACCACUCUGCUGCACUUCUGGGAGAAGACAGCUCAGAUGAUGACCAGCAUUCAGGACGCCUUCCAGGGACAUGUGCAGUACCAGUUCGCCACUCUCAAGGAUCUAAAGGACCCCCUUGAGCAGCUCACAGAAGGACAGAUGGUAGAAAACAGGAAAGAGAGCGAGAUCCAGACCCACUUGGACGCAUUGAUAUCCUUGGAGGAAGAGAAGGCAGGGGACUCUACCUCUGAGACUGUCUCUGCCCUGAACACUGAUGGACAGACCCAGGACGGCGACGGCUCCCAGUGCGUGAGCCUCGACUCCGUUAUCUGUGAUCCAGUCCUGCGUGAGCUGGCUGACCUCCAAAGUGUGGUCAGUACACACGACCUCCUGCUCCCAGCGUCCCUCACACCCCACCAUCUGCUGAGACAAUUUCUCCAGCCCCUCUGCCCUAAUGUGACUACACCGCCCCCUGUUGGUGGCAGUGGUUCUGCAGCAGAGACCCCAGGGUCUGAUCUCACAGCACUUCCUGAGAGUGGCCCCAGAGACCUGCUCUCAGAUGCUGGGCAGCAGGACCUCGACGAGGAACGGGAACGGGGGGACCUGAACUUUUUGAAGGACCUGCUGAGUCCAGGUUCCAUGGGCGCUGAUGAGUUCAGCCGCGAAUGGCAAGAUGCCUUCGGUUCUUUUGAGAUGACACCCAGUCAGAGCCUGGCCACCCCCAGUAGUGCUCAAGUACUCUCCCACUCUCAGCCCUCCAGUCCGACUGGCUUCCUGCCUUCACAGCUGCUGGAUCAGAGUCUCAGUUCCACAGGCUGGGCAACCCCGCCCAUGUUCCAGGCCCCACCUUUGCAGCCCCCGCAGGCCAUUGGCCAGGCUUCGCCUUCUGAAAGUGUCGCCAAGACAACAGCGAAUGCCUCCAGGGUCUCCGGCCGUGACAUGUCAGCCUGGUUCAACCUCUUUGCCGACCUGGACCCGCUCUCGAACCCGGACGCCAUUGGUCGGAGAGAUGAAGAUCUGAUGAAUGCCUGAAUGUAGGAGAGCUGGGAAAGUGUGUGUCUGGACAGCCCUCUGCUUCAUACUCGCAUGCGCGUAUACACACACACACACACACACACACACACCCUACCAAUACAGCCAAGUGACAGGCUUUCUUAGAUAUUAUGGAGCGCUAACCCCCUUGUUUGUUUUGCCCUUCUAACCUGAGAACCUGGCCACCAGAAAAGGCCGAUUAUGCAGCAAUCAGGUUUAAUACUAAAUAAUCUGUGAAUAGGUUUUUGCAAAACACAAAGCUUUCCGUUGUGUGGCCAAGCUUUAGUGUCCAGGAACGUUUGGUGUGUGUAUACCUCAUCUGAGUAUUGUCCUUUGUGUAUGGGUGGCUUUCCCUCCUGACGCGGAGCGUACCUGAAUCCGUCAUUUUUAUGCACUGAGGUCCUGGAAGAAUAUCUGUAAAAAAAACAGUGAAAAAACAUUGUGAGUGCAGGUCUUUUUCCUUGUCAGAAAGACGGCAGGUCUGCAGGAUAGGCUGAUUAUGCUGAGCGUCCCUCAGCUUUCUUGUCCAUUUAACAAACAGCGCAUCUGGGUGAAAUAUUUUGUGUAGCUGUUUUUCACAGGGUAGGUUUAAUCUGCUGAUAGCAGAAAAGCAUUACAGCAGGUGGACGCAUUGCAAAAAAGUAAGAGAGACCAGUUUUUAUGCUACACUGCACAAUAUUUUGCAGAAUGUGAGAAAGUAAUGUCUACCUAUUGUUUAUGUUUAAUAUUAAAUGUAUUACCUACCACUGGGUAUCUUGUGCUUUAACUUUAAAAAGCACAGAUGUGCUGGGAGAAUCUUUGCAGAUGUGCUAAGCUGUGAACUGGAGGUGAUGCUGUGCUGUGAAAUGGUCACCGUCUACAUGACAGGCGAAUGUCUUGGGGAUAUUUAUGAGCAGAUAAAUCGCUUCUCUGAGUGAGGGAAGGUGUUUGACUAUUUAAACUGGCUGUAGGCACUGGCUCUCGAGAGUACAGCUCGUGUUCCUUACUGUUGAUUCCUUCAAAGUUUUGGUGCGGUCACUUAACUUGUAAACUUAUUAAAAUAGUCACUUUUUCAAAAGGCGUAAUACUUAAAUUAUAAGGGGUUUAAAAUACCUAUGCGGUUUACUAAAGGUAUAUAAAUAUAGAAACACUAGUUUUUACUGAGAUGUAAAGGAUUCAUAUAAGUGUUCCUCUCCAGGCGAACAUGAUGCCAGACCUGUUCACCUUUAAGUCAUUAACUGUGAUUGAGCAGCUGAAAUGUUUUAUUGAACACCAAGGUUUAUUUUUUUCACACACAAAAAGGAAUGUAUAUCGAUCACAGAUGCUUUAAUCACUUUGUCAGACAUGCCUUUUACUAAUUUAAAAUAUAUUGUUUGUUUGUUAAACUUUGUAAAAAGCAAAAAUAGUUCUAUUUGCAACUACUCUUUGCUAACAGCUGUAAUUACUCAUGGAAUAAUAAAACGUUUCAUUUCCUUUGA